ACCAACAUGGCUAAUAACAAUUCAGAUGAUCGGAUCAGAGUCCCAUGGAGCCCACAAGAAGAUGCAUUACUGAAACACCUCGUUGAAACACAUGGGGCCAGAAACUGGUCUUACCUCAGCCGAUCAAUACCCGGUAGAUCCACCAACUCAUGCAGAUUACGGUGGUGCAACCACCUCUCACCACCCGUGCAAUACCGUGCUUUCACGCCGGAAGAAGACGACACCAUCAUCCGGGCCCAAGCCCAGUUGGGUAACAAAUGGGCCACCAUUGCCCGCCUUUUAACCCGUCGAACCGAUAAAGAGGUUAAAAACCACUGGAACUCGACGUUGAAACGUAAAUGUUCGCCCACGGUGGAACAGCCGGAGUUGAAACGGUCGGUUAGCAUGGGCCAAACCGUCCCCGUUUCAAUUAUGGUUCCGGUUUUGGAUUCGAGUAUUAUUUAUAAUCUGGGUGGCGAGCAGGAUAACGACCCUGCUACGUGGUUGAGCCUCGCGCCACCCGGAUCAUCUGCAUCGCAGGUACCCAUUCAUGCGGUACAGAUGGUUUCAUUGACGUUGAAUCUAGAAAUGACUCAUGUUAACCGCCCGAACCGGAAGAAGUCGGUUCGGGGGGUUAAACCCUCGGAAGGUGAGGGGUCGAAGCCCAACCCUCCGGCCGCGGAGUACAUGGCAGGCGGCGGAAUGUGUAGCUGUUUUAUGGGUGGCGGAGCGGUGGUAAACGGUGUCGGAAUCAACAAGGAAGAGUAGUGAAGUGAUAUGAAGAAUGUGAGGAAUAAAGAAUAAAAUUGUAUAUAGAUAUAAAAGAGUAGUUUUAUGUUUUAUGUUAUAAGUU